UGAUGGCUUUGUAUUUUUCCCAUUAUUACAUAGGGCUGAAAAGUUUUAAGGAUCAGUCCAUAUUGGACAAAAUAGCUUCUUUACCCUGGCCUAUCACCAACAAAAUCUCAAUUACUGUUGUGAACACUGCACUUAGGUGUAUGAGUAAAGUACCUAAAUAUGUAUGUUUGCAAUUAUGUUUAUAAUUUUGUAGUUGUUGCUUCCUUACUGCAUAAAGCUUUUAUUUAUUUUAUUUAUUAGAUGAAAUAUAAAAGCAUUUAAAUUGACACCAUCAGGGGUUACAGUAGUGUGCAAGCCAUGUAUUAUAGCUACUAUGUAUAUAUAUAGCUUAUCACAUUAUUCAAUCCACACAACUGCUAAACAGUAUGGCAAUGUGGGCUCGAGCAGUGUGGCUGGAGGACAAUGAAGAGCAGGAGGGUGUUAUACCACAGAAGUGGAUACAGAAUCAAAUGGUCCAUUGGCCACCUGGUGUUAAUGCUGCCCCCGCUAUGGCUGAAAUGAGAGAUCCAACACCAUCUUGGAGAAAGUUCACACUUGUGAAAGUAAAAAUUGCUUCUGAUGACAAAACUGUCUGUGAGGAAUGCAAUACUACCACGACAUCUGAAUUGAGUGAUGAAGAAGAGAAUGUGAAACGACGCAAGAAGAAAAAAAUAUUUGAAGACUUCUACGUUGCAGAUGAGUGCAAUGACAUGAUGCAGGAAAAGGAAAAGAAAUGUGGUGCCUCUCUACCAAAACCCCCAGAGAAAUUUGUAAGAAAGCAGUUGAUACAACAAAAGAAAUCUCCCCAGAAGAGACAGACUCAGGUGUUUCCUACAAGGACUUCUCCUCGGAAGAGAGUGCUGGAUUCAUCCCAGAAAGGGAUACCACAUUCACAAGCCCUUCCUAGAUCCUCAUUGGAGCUGAGUUGUGUUUCACAGGGGGCUGGUCCAUCCUCACAAGGAACAUCACAUGGGAUGGGUACAGAUGACAUGUUGCCUAUGUCUGAUGGAAAUUUCCCGGCUAAGUAGGAUCGGAGGAAUCAGCAUGAAAGAUGCAGUUGCCCAAGCAAUGCAAAGGUAAAUAUGUGGUAUAGUAGCAUUGCACCUCAAUGUAUGUUAUUAUAAUAUUCAGUUUUGCAACCUACAUAGGAUAUUAGAGGCAUCAGCAUGAAAGUUACAGGCAAUGCACAGAUAUAUAUACUCGCUGGUGUAUUUUGUAUUAAAGCUGAUAUUGCGGCUAGAUGUAUUUUGUAUUAUUAAUGUGCAGGUCACAUGAAAUGCUAAGCAUGAAAGUUUUCAUAAUGCUAUCCUGUGUACAUAAUUUAUUUUUUGUACAGUAGAAGCUUGAUUUUCAAAACUUGGUGGGAUGUAGGAGUGUUAAUUUUCUUUGAUGGAAAUUUUUUUUUAGAUAGAAGGUUAACUCCCAAGAAUGUUUAAAUGGGAAGUGUAUAGAUAAGCAGUUGCCGGUGUGAAGAUUAUACUUCUAAAUCAGUCCCCACUUAAUCAGAAUUCAAGUCAUGCAUGCUUGGUAGUCAUAAGUGUCUUAGACUUAUUUUAGUGAUAUGAUGUAAUGGAAUGCUUAUUUGAUAAUACUUAUCUGGUGUAAUACCAGACAAAAUAUUACUGGAAAGGGAUAAGGUUUUCUGUUACUGUACUUUGUGGGUCCUACAGAGUCUUAACCAAUGAGGUCAUGGCACAUAUGAACAUGAAAGGGAAGAGAGGAAAAUAUGGCUUUGAACAAACAUUGUUGUUCAGGGUUAUUAGAGGUAAAAGAUUUAAAAAGUAUUGCAGCUGUAUGUACUAAUCAUCUCAGAAUGUUGUACUAUUAGCAAUUUCCCUAACAUUCAUAAUUUAUUUUUAUAUUUUUGUUAGUAAGACUCUUAUUUCUUUAUCAACAUCUGUAACACAUUGCAUCCUGACUAGUGCAUCCUAGCACAUUACUAGCUGUAUUGUAAUAUUUCAUGUAGAAUCCAAUUAAUUCAUUAUCAUUGGUUAUCUGUAUGUUGCUUCUUGCAUCUCAACUUUAUUUGUAGGUGUAGCAUGAAUGUAUGAAUCUCUCCUAUUGUCUAAAUACUAACUGUAGCACCGUACAUAUUAACAUACUUAGCCUCUCAUUUGUGUUCUGUUUUGUAUCUACUUUUAUUUUGUUACAUUAGUUUAUCUUACUGGUUUGUGUUACAUGUUGCAUUGUGGUAUGUGCAUUGUGUAGUGUUAUACUGUGUUGUGUUAGACUACAUUGUUUCGUGUUGUAUAAGGUGAUUUUUUUCCACAUUCUGGUAACAUUUGUCUUCUUUAGCUAAAUAGUAUUUACUGCAAAGUGCCAUAUUCUUAUUUUAAUUGCAGAGAGUGUCCUAACUCAUCAGUCUGGGACAGAAUCCAGUGUUGCAGAGGCUGUGGCUAAAUGCUUGAAAUAUGCACCUGAUAGGA